AUGAACGGCAUCCGUGGCAACGAUGGCCCCGAAAAUACUGACCACGACAGCACUGGCCCAAACUCGAACGGGCAUUUGGUCUACAUUGGAAUGGAGCCGGGGGACAGGAUCUCACUUCGAAUUCAUAUCAGAGGUUCUUCUACUGCGCGCGUUUCAAGAGAUCGCAAAUUCUUUGUCAAUCAGCAGUCCAUGACAAUAGGGUACAACAACAAUGUAUCCAGGGCGCUAACCGCCGUCGCUGAGCUUGGUUGGUUCAAGGAUAUUGGUCUCUUCACGCAGAUCUGCAGAGCUCAACCUGUUCCGAUAGGGCCGGGCAUAGCCUUUGAUAACUGGGUAUCUGAGGUUCUAGCCACGAUUGUGGCACAUCACAACGCGCUUUGGCGCCAUAACGAUGGUACGCUGGUCUGA